AUGUUUGAAGAAAAAUUAGAACAAUUUUCAACAAUUAGACAUUGUGAAAUAUUGGCAGAUCAAAUGAAAACAAUAAAUUUACUCGAAAUAAAUUAUGAUAUUUUUCAGCAGAAGCUCGACGAACUACAAGAAGCUUAUAGAGAAUUGGAUGACUAUGAAUUGAAGUACAAGGAGUUGAUCUCCUCUUCUUCUUCAGCAGACCAACUAAUGUUACAAAUUAUUAGAAUGACAAUUCAACAUAUUAACAAAUGUCAUCAAGAAUAUCUAGAUAACAAAUGGAAAAACAACCGAGACGAUAGAAUCAAAAUGCCAACAACCCCAGUAUCUAAUGACACCAUGAUGUCUUCUUCAUAUUCAUCAGCAUCAUCCUUAGAUGAAACCUCAUCACUACUUACGCCUUUAACAACCAUAGAUGCUUAUUCAUAUGCUGAUCUUAAAAAUGAUAGGAAUCAAUUUGCUAACAAUUAUGAUGGUUAUGAUGAAUUUGACGAUGAGUUCUUUUCGCAAAAUAUAGUUCACGUUGAUACAGUUUUGCAAACGUUGAAAUUAGAAUAUUUAUUAAAUUUAAGAUUUUACAAAAUAUUUAUAGAUCAAAUGUUAUUACUACAAAAUACAGAUUUGGAUCAGAAUAAUCAGAAUACUGUACCUACGAAAUCUUUUGUUGUAGUUGUUAUUGUAGUUACUAAUGUUUCUACUGCUGGUGAUGGUGGUGAUUAUGGGUUAAGUAAAUGUAAAGAAGUCAAAAUUUGA